UUUCUUAAUAUUUAAGAUGGAAAAUAACCUGAUUACAGCAAAACAAAGAUUUGAGCGUAUUUUCCCUUUAAUUGUUGAGGAUCUUAAUGUAUAUUUAAAGACUCUUAAUAUCCCUCAAAUUGGUAGAGAUUGGUUUAUGAAGAUUCUACAUUAUAAUUGUUUAGGAGGAAAGCUUAGUCGUGGGCUUUCAGUUAUUGAUUCAUAUGAAAUUCUAUUAGAUCGAUCAUUAAAUGAAGAAGAAUAUAAGAAAGCAGCAAUUCUUGGAUGGACAGUUGAAUUGCUUCAAGCGUGUUUUCUUGUUGUGGAUGAUAUUAUGGAUCAAUCAAAAACAAGACGUAAUCAAUGUUGUUGGUAUUUGAUGCCUAAUGUUGGGAUGACUGCAAUUAAUGAUUCUUUUAUGUUGCAAUCAUCUAUUUUUUUUUUACUUAAGAAAUAUUUUCGAGAGGAACCAUAUUAUACAUCUUUGAUGGAGAAUUUCCAUGAUAUUACGUUUAAAACGGAAUUUGGGCAACUUUUGGAUCUUUUGACAGCACCAGAGAAUAAUGUUGAUUUGUCAAGGUUUUCGAUGGAUAGACAUUCAUUUAUUAUUGAAUAUAAAACAGCAUUUUAUUCUUUUUAUUUGCCAGUUGUUUUGGCUAUGAAUAUGGCAGGAAUAUCUAGUGAGGAUAAUCUAGAGCAGGCAAAAAAUAUAUUGGUCCCUCUUGGAAAAUAUUUUCAGAUUCAAGAUGAUUUUCUUGAUUGCUUUGGGGAUCCUGAUAUUAUGGGAAAAAUUGGAACAGAUAUAAUGGAAAAUAAAUGUACUUGGUUGAUUAAUAAAGCACUGGAAAAGGCGACUCCUUCACAACGUAAAAUUUUAGAGGAAAAUUAUGGAAAAAAGAAUACCGAUUCUGAACUAGUUAUUAAAAAACUAUAUGAUGAAUUAGAGUUAUGUAAAGAAUUCGAGAUAUAUGAGAAGCAGGUUGUUACUUAUAUUCUUAAAUUAAUCUCAAAAAUUGAUGAAUCUCGUGGAUUAAAAAAAAAGGUUUUUACUACAUUUCUUGAUAAAAUAUAUCAAAGAUGUAAAUAA